GAGACUGAAAAGCACGCUUAUUCCACGCCGCGGAGUAACGAUAUCGCGCUCUCGCUGACAAUUAAUUUCUCUUUGCAUUACAUUUUUAAAGGAUACCUUCGGAUGAGCGUUAAUCUUCGUUUCGUAUAUUUUUUUAAAAUCUUAGUAAAUUAACAGUAAUGAUGUGCUGUCGAUAAUCUUGGUAACAUAAAUUUCUGGACUGGAACAUGGAGAAAUAUAUCAUAAACGGCCAGAUCGGCGAAGGGGCGCAAGGCUUGGUCUUGAAGGCGCGCGAUACAUCCCAGGAUCGGGAAGUGGCGCUGAAGAAGAUUAUGAUUAAAAGGGCCGAAGGCGGGCUACCCGCAUCCAUCAUACGCGAAGUGAAAAGUUUGCAGCAGCUCAAGCAUCCCUACGUCGUGGAGCUGCUGGAUGCCUUCCCGAGCGGCCUAGACUUCGUGAUGGUGUUCGAGUACAUGCCCACGGGCCUCUGGGAAAUACUGCGAGACUCCGAGAUAUCCUUGACGCUGGCGCAAAUUAAAACUUACAUGAAAAUGCUGCUGGAGGGCACAGCGUACGUGCACGGCAAGAAUAUAAUACACAGGGAUUUGAAACCUGCGAACUUGUUGAUCAGCGACCGAGGCAUCCUGAAGAUCGCCGAUUUUGGCUUGAGCAGGCUGAUGUGGCGGGACGGCACGAAGCCGUACUCGCAUCAGGUCGCCACACGGUGGUACCGGGCGCCGGAGCUGCUUUACGGGGCACGCUACUACACGUCCGCGAUCGACAUAUGGUCGAUCGGUUGCAUAUUCGGCGAAAUGCUGAACGCUUCCCCGCUAUUUCCGGGCGAGACUGACAUCGAGCAACUGGCAAUCGUCUUGAAAUAUCUGGGCUCUCCUACGUCCGAAUCCUGGCCCGAGCUUAGCUCGCUACCGGACUACAACAAAAUCACCUUCCCCUAUCACAAAGGCACGACAUGGGAGAGCAUCGUUCAAGACGCGCCGCCGGACGCUGUCGAUCUAAUCAGGCAGAUUUUGAUUUACAAUUCCUCGAAACGUCUCACAGCUGAACAGGCAUUGUGUCACGUAUACUUUUACUCCAAGCCAUAUCCCUCUAUGAAGAAUCUAAUAAAGCCACCGUCGGAUCAUCGCCUUCGCGUAAAAUCGAAGGAAAUCGAUCCGAACGUGCAGCCGAGUACACUUUUUGAAAAUCUUCUAAGCAUUGCGUAACGAUGACCGUCGUGACGAUAUCGAUGGUAUACUAUUGGUAUAAAUGACAAGAUAUUCAUUGCA